UUCGUACAACGCCACAUCACACUCAGUUACUUUCCAAUUUCAACAACGGUAAGGAUCGAUCGAUAUGGCCACCUUGAAGGACCAUGGUGCCGUGGUGGCAAUGGUAGCGGUGAUCUUCCUCGCCGCCGCUGCCCUCUCGUCUCAUGCGUCGGCGACUGCGGUCGACGAGCCGGCUAAGUAUAAGCCCACGGCACCGGCGCCGUCCCCUGCAUCGCACUCCUCGCCGCCCCCGCCGCGGGUCGUCCAGCCCGUGAUCGUCGUGCAAGGCCUCAUCUACUGCAAGUCCUGCAAGCUCAAGGGCUACAACAGCGGCAUGGACGCGUCCCCUCUCCCCAAUGCGACGGCGAGCCUGGUGUGCUACGGCGACGAGGACAGCAAGUUCCGGGUGCUGAACCAGACGAGCACGGCCACGGACAAGAACGGCUACUUCCUCGUGAUGGUGUACGACGUGGACAUGUUCGACCGGCACAGCUGCAGGCUGUACCUGCGCUCGUCGCCGACGCCGCUCUGCGCCGCGCCCUUCGUCCCGUCCAACCCCAAGCUGGGGCUCACCCUCGUGAGGGACCGGAAGGCCACGGCGCCCAGGGGCGCGCGCGGCAUCUUCCACCCCAAGACCGCGCUCAUGUACGCGCCGGCCACCGCCGGCAAGUGCCCGCCGUAUUGAUGACCCAUGGUUGGACGUGGUUGGGAUCGGAGCGGCGCCGUCGUACGUGAGCUAUGGACAUGGACGCAUCGGGCCGGGGUGGUGUUCACUGGUGCACGACUGCACGAUCGAGCAGCGUGCAUGGGAUGCUCGUAAAUUAAUUUGGUCAAGAGAGGCCGGAUGACGUUUGUCAGAGGCAAAAAUAAGGAGAAGUGUUGUGUAGUGAUUGUUUGUCACGUAUCGUGUCAUCGUUUUAGUCGAUGCUGGAUGGAGUAUCUGAUCUGUUGACUGUUGCUGUUUGUGGAGUCUGAAGUGGUUAGUUUGCUUGUAUGUGUAACCGUUUCUUAGACGAUCCUGUCUUUUUUUGGACAAAAGAACGAAAAGAGUUUGGGCGUCUUUUUUGUUGUGUGCAA